AUGAAUAAUGGUAUGCGUUUAUUUCUAUUUCUACUGACCGUCGAGGCAUAUUCACGGUCUACGUUAGCGUCUGGGCUCGUCAUCAGAGAGUCUAGAAACAAUGAUCCCGUGGCGGUAGCCACCUCACAUACUUCCAACAAAAAAACCAAUUUAAAUAAAUCGCGUUUGAUAAGAAGAUUUUGUAUAUUGCAUCCGUAUCACGAAUGGUGUCUAAGCGAUGCCAAUUCUAACACAACUACAUCCACCUUGACAACUAUAACUGAUAUUGAUCAUGGAUCUUUCAAAUUUGGAAACGUGACAGCAAGCGGGAACUUAUCUAGCAGUGAAAGUAAAUAUUUUAUGGGAGCCAGUACACAAACAUCACCGACGACGACUAUUAUUAAGAACUGGUCUUCUCAUGAUAACAAGUCGUUGGAAUCCAUGACUAUUAAAGCAGCUUCAGAAACAACUCUUAACAAUUAUGGCAAGUUAACUACGUUGCCCAUGGCGGAUUAUACAGACGACGUGAAAAGCACUCCCACAACUCCGGAAUCAACAAAAAACUACGAGCGCGUUAGCACAGCGUCUACCACUACUGAAGUUUUGAAUAACGUCACCCUUAUUGAGACUCCGACGUCAGUUAUUACAAAUUAUACAAAUUUAACGAUCAUCUCCGCUGAAUUUACAACCACUACUGACAUUUUAGACAACUCGACUCCUAUUGAGACAACAUCGUCAGUUCCUACCGCUUAUACUAAUCCAACGAUCAUCUCCACCGAAUUUGCAACCACUACUGAAGUUACAAACAACUCGACUCUUAUUGAGACAACAUCGUCAGUCCCUACGAAUUAUAGUGAUACAACGAUCAUCUCCACUGAAUUUGCAACCACUACUGACAUUUUAGACAACGUCACACUUAUUGAGACUCCAGCGUCAGUUCCUACAUAUUAUACUAAUCCAACGAUCAUCUCGAGUGAAUUUGCAACCACUACUGGCAUUUUAGACAACUCGACUCUUAUUGAGACAACAUCGUCAGUUCCUAUCGCUUAUACUAAUCCAACGAUCACUUCCACUGAAUUUGAAAUCACCACUACUGAAGUUACAACCAACGUGACCCUUAUUCAGACUCCAACGUCAGUUUCUACAGAUUACACCAAUUCAACAAUCACCUCCACUAAAUUUGCAACCACUACUGAAGUUACAAACAACUCGACUCUUAUUGAGACAACAUCGUCAGUCCCUACGAAUUAUAGUGAUACAACGAUCAUCUCCACUGAAUUUGCAACCACUACUGACAUUUUAGACAACGUCACACUUAUUGAGACUCCAGCGUCAGUUCCUACAUAUUAUACUAAUCCAACGAUCAUCUCGAGUGAAUUUGCAACCACUACUGGCAUUUUAGACAACUCGACUCUUAUUGAGACAACAUCGUCAGUUCCUAUCGCUUAUACUAAUCCAACGAUCACUUCCACUGAAUUUGAAAUCACCACUACUGAAGUUACAACCAACGUGACCCUUAUUCAGACUCCAACGUCAGUUUCUACAGAUUACACCAAUUCAACAAUCACCUCCACUAAAUUUGCAACCACUACUGAAGUUACAAACAACUCGACUCUUAUUGAGACAACAUCGUCAGUUCCUACGAAUUAUACUAAUCCGACGAUUAACUCCACUAAAUUUGCAACCAUUACUGAAGUUACAGACAACGUGACCCAUCUUCAAACAACGCCAGUUUCUACAGAUUAUACUAAUCCGACGAUUAACUCCACUAAUUUUGUAUCCAAAAAUAAAGUUUUUCCUAGGGCGAUCUUUAAUCAAGAAACAACGUCAGUUCCUACAGAUUACACUAAACCAACGAUCACUUCCACUGAAUUUGCAACCACAAAUGAAGUUUUGGAUAACGUGACUCAUAGUGGGACAACGACGGUACUUCCUACACUUCAUACUGAUAUUUUUCAUGCCAUUUUGGCUAUUAUUAUGCAGAUUACUAAGUAUCUUGAGAUUGUUUUAAAUUAAA